GGACCGGGAGCGGGAGCGGGAGCGGGACCGCCGGGAGCGCUCUCGGGAACGGGAGCGGCGCCGUUCGCGCUCCCGGGAGCGGCGGCGGCGGACGCGGAGCCGCGAGAAGGACGAGAGGGAACGGAAACGCGGCGGCAGCCGCGACCGCAGCAAGGACCGCGACCGCGACCGCGACCGCAAACGCCGCUCGCGAUCCCGCGACCGAAAACGCGACCGCGACCGCGACAAGAAAGACGAGGGACCCCCGGAACCACCGGAGCCCCCCGAGGAGCUGGGCGGGGGAGAGCCCGGCGGCGGCGAGGGGACGGCGGGGGAAGCGGCGGAGAAACGGGAGCGGGAGCGGGAGCGGCGGCGCGGGCACCGGGAGCGGGAGCGGCGGCGGGAGCGGGAGCGGGAGCGGGAGCAGGCGAGGGCGGCGACGGCGGCGCCGGGGCGGACGCGGAGAUGUUCCUGGCGCCGGAGGGAGCGCCCGCCGCCGACGGCUACCUGGGCACCGAGAACGGCUACCUGCUGGAGCCGCCGCUGCAGUGACAAUAAACGGCUGCACCGGCACCGGCACCGGCACCGGCGGCGCUCCUCGGGGCCGGGGGGGGUCAGAUAG